UCGCUGCGGCGCCUUUAACGAAAGCUGAGAUUUAUUACUCGGUGGGCUGAACAAAAACCAAGGUGUACCCAUGGGAAGGAUGCGUUUAGUCGUCUCUCUCCUCCUUCACACAUUUUGAAGUAAAGGUAAAUCAGUACGCACGCUGCUGUUUAACUUGCAGGAUUAAUUGCUUUCUCUGUAUAAGCUGACUGGUACGGCUCCUUCCCUGCGGUCAGCAAAGCUUUGAGAAACAACCCCUCUGCUGUUAUGGAAACGUGAGGGGGCGGAAGGAAACUCGGACUGCAGAGGUCUACAGUAGCGGCUGCCCAUUUGCAGAAGGUAGAGGAUGGACAGGGCCGCUGCCGCUGCAGGGUGAUGGAUGUGCUGCCAUGGACAGAUCGGGCAGUCGUUACAACGACGGUUCCCCUGGAGUGGUUGGGCCGGGCCCAGGUGGCGGGGGGCUGCCAACCAACGAGGAGGAGCUGUCCUUAAUUGCGGUGCUGAAGUGUUACGAACAGCCCAUCAACGAGGAACAAGCGUGGGCCGUGUGUUUCCAGUGCUGCCGGGGGCUAUUGCAGCAGCCAAUGGGCGGGGGCGUGCUUCUUCGAGACCCUGAGUCGCUCCUGCUGCACAAGGAUGGUUCAGUCACGGUGUGCAGGGAGGCCCGAUCCAAUGUAAACACAGCAGGUCCAAGCAGAAAACAUGUCCCACCGACCUUCACUGAAGCACAGAUCGUCCAGUCGCUAGGAUUCACCAUUUAUCGAGCACUGGACUGGGGUCUGGAUGAAAAUGAAGAGAGGGAGCUGAGUCCAGAACUGGAGACUCUUAUUGACAUGAUGGCCAAUGGUGACUCCAAGGACAGCAACGGCAUAGCAGAUGAGGGUUAUGAGGGUCAAGAAGAUGAGGAGGAUGAAGCUGAUGGGCCUCCACGGACUGUUAAAACCUUCCAGCAGGUGAUGAGGGCAUGCGCAUUUCGACUGACAAACCCAAGUGAAGCACAGUCACACUAUCAAGCAGUAUGCAGAGCCCUAUUUUUGGAGACCUUGGAGUUGAAGACAUUCCUCGAGAAAAUCCAUGAUGCCAAAGAGAUGCUGAAGAAGAUGGGAGAACAUGACGAGUCACUGGAAACAUCAGCAAUGGAACUGGACGAUUUGAGACACACUGAUUGGGCUCGACUUUGGGUACAGUUGAUGCGAGACCUGCGUCAUGGAGUUAAACUGAAGAAGGUUCAGGAAAAGCAAUAUAAUCCUUUAGCCACUGAAUACCAACUGACUCCCUUUGAGAUGUUGAUGCAGGACAUUCGGGCACGCAACUAUACACUCCGCAAAGUUAUGCAGGUAGAUGGCUCUAUUCCACCAAGAGUGAAGAAAGAUGCUCAUGAACUUAUUCUGGAGUUCAUCAGGUCACGACCUCCUCUGAAGCCGGUCUCGGAAAGAAAUCUGCGGCCCUUGCCUGUGGUGCAACAGACUUUACAUGAACGAAUCCUGGCAGAGAUCAAACAGGAAAGGAAACUGCGUCCUGUGGAGAAAGAAUAUGGAUCACUCCCCUGCCUUUUGACCGCUUGUUCCAAAGACCCAAAGUCCUCUUCUUGUAUGAAUCUCUCAGUCCCAGACACAAACACCAAAGGGCAACGUCAGCAUCACAGAGUCUUGUUGAAAGCACCAACACUGGCAGAAAUGGAAGAGAUGAAUAUUUCAGAGGGCAGUGGGAGAAGAAAGUCCAGACCUACCUUGGAGUUUGUGGAAAACAUAGGCCUGGUGGCCAUCAACAUGGAAGAAGACUCACCUGAUGGAGACAUUAGAAGAGUACUGAGCUCACCUGUGCCCCUGAAACGGGACCGCUCCUUCUCUGAACGGGACCUUGCCCAGUUACAGACUGAGAUGGCAGUGUCACAGUCAGAGUCGACAUAUUUUAAACCAAGAGAACCUACCUUAAGGCCUCGUUCAGGAAGCACAGUCUCUGCACCAGGAUCAAGAGUCACAGGACAAAGUUCUGCACCCGCGUCAAGGACCACAGUCCAUGGUUCUACAUCAAGGUCAACUGCCCAUGGUUAUGCAUCAGGCUCAAGGUCUACAGUACAUGGCUCUGCAUUAGGAUCAAGAUCCACAGGUCAAAGUUCUGCACCAGGAUCAAGGUCCACAAGCCAAAGUUCUGUGUCGAGGUCAAGGCCCACAAGCCAGAUUUCUGUAACAAGAUCUAGGUCCACAGCGCAAGGGUCUGCACAACGAUCAAGGUCCACAGUCCAAGGUUCUUCAAUAUAUAAUCGCCAAACAAGUUACAGGCCUCGUCCCUUCUCUCCAGACCGUGUUUCUCUCAGCUCAGUGGAUGAGAAGUCAGAGACAGACUCUGUAUCUGUAUCCAGUUCCAAGUACAGGUGGCUGGAGGAAUUUAGCCACCCAGUAGAAAGUUUGGCUCUGACUAUUGAAGAAGUCAUCAACAUCCGCAAAGUGCUGGUAAAGGGAGAACUGGAGAAGUUUCUUCAAAACAAAGAACUGUACAGCAAUUUAAAGAAAGGGAAGGUGUGCUGCUGCUGUAGGGUGAAGUUUCCUCUCUUUUCCUGGCCCUCGUCCUGCUUCUUCUGCAAAAGAUCUGUCUGCAACUCUUGUCAUAUGAAGAUGAAGGUUCCUUCUAAAAGCCCUGGUCACAUUCCUGUUUACACAGUGGGAUUUGAAAGCAGCCAAGGGACUGCCUUCACAGGAGCUUCACACUCCAGAAGAAAUGAACCUUAUCAGUCCUUAAGCAGUGUGACUUCACAGCCUGUGGAGCAGGAGUUUCCCUACAUCUAUGCUAAUGGCUACAGCCUGAAGGACGUCUGCACAGAAUGCACAAAAUUUGUGGCUGAUGUCAUCAGCUCAAGCAGGAAAAGUCUGGAUUUUUUGAAUGGACACCCUAGAAAGGGUCGCAAAACACAAUCACUGUAUGUCAACAGACCAGCCAGCUACCGAUAAACAUUCAUUUACACUGGCGUUCUGACCUGCUGUAGGCCACACACCCUAUGACAUGAAGUUCAGCAUUGCUACUGUAUGUCAGCAGGCUGGCAUGCAAAUGACUGCUCCUUAUUACUGUCCUUGGAUGCUUCUCCACUGAACACACUGUGCUGCUUGUCAGUUACCUGACAGUCUCACCUUUGCAGUUCUGCCUUACCUCUAGCUGAUAUAGUGGCCUAUAAAAAGUAUUGGAUCAUAAGAAAAUGGAUUAUUGUGUACAGUAUAUUGAAAUGCCUUGAUGUCACAAACUUGCAAUAUAUUUGUUCAAGAAAGAAUGUUUCCUAACUGUGAAAUCUCAUUGGCACCUGUGACACAGAACUGGUACUGAUUGGUGUAGAUAGGAUGAGGACAGAUCCCUGCAUUUUUCAGCACUCUGUCAUACCGUUUAAUUCAUUUAAGCACUAUAUCAGUACUAAUGCUGUUAUUGUCUUGUUGGACUUAUGAACAAAGUGUGUGUUGGGGGGUGCACUUCUAUCACAAUCCCAUUGCAUCUCAUAUUGCAUACUGUCUACUGACACCUACUGUAUGAAGAAAUAGUGCUUUCAGCUAUUAGCACUGCUGAAGUAUUUAUGCAUGUCAGAUUUACAUUGGGAGCAAAUGGCACCGGUAUAGAUGUAAUGGAGAUAAAAUAUCCAUUAAAGUUUGAAUUUUCCUUUUAAGGAAACAUUCAUAUCAAAAUUAUUAGUUUGUUGGUCUGAAUAUGAAAAAGCAACAUGCAUGGAAAUCUGGAAAACUAAAUGGACUGAAGGGUGGAAUGGGAAAACUCAUGCGACCCACAGCAUUCUUACACAGCAACUUGAGUAAAACUGUAAUGGAAUGUACAGUUUUGAAACUAUACAUUUUUUGUUCACUGGGAGGUCAGUGUCUCUGUAUAUUCAUCACUUUCCCCUUGGCAAAACUGCCUAUAGCUUUUCUAACUCCUGAUACUGGGGUCUUCACCUUCUGUUUCAACUCUCUUUACCUAAUUUCUAAUGGUUCUGUGUUAAUUGGUAACAUCUACUUCCUGACUGUCAUCUACAGGGCGUGCUGAUAUUAAAAGUAUAACUAUGUAGUUUCUGACUCCUUCUUAGGGUUAUGUCUCUGAUUUCUUCAGCUCUCAACUCCUAACUUAAUACUCCUAACAUUAUGACCUGCUGAAGGUAUGGGACAUAAUACAGAAGGCUCCCAAGCAACACAAGGUAACUAAGACUGAGAAAUCCCAGGAAGUUCCAAAGGGAGAAACUGUCUGAUUUUUGCUGUUGGCUUUAGGAUUUUUGUAACUGCUGAUACGCUGCAGUAGCUAUUUAUGUGGCUAUUCUGUGCUGUUUUAUAUUUUAAUAUUUUCUGUUUAACUCUGCAUUUUUACAUCAGGCCUUUCUGGUGUCUUGCUUAGCACAACAUUCACUAAUGCUUUAACAGGCUACAACAGCAAGUGAUGUCAGCUGAACACUUGAAUGAUUGGAUUGCAUAGUAUUUAUGAAAUCCAACCCCCCAAAAAACAGGAGGAUAUAUUCUGGGGGUAGUCUAAAAUGUUUAUCACUUUGUCCUGUGAGCUGGUAUGUUUUAUUUUUUCAUUUAGUUUCAUAGAAUACAGCUAGAGCUGCAUCUCAGAUAUAUUAUUUUGUGCUCAGGUGCAAGAAAGAACAUGGAUGUCAGAUGCAUAACUAACCCUUUUAGGCACAUUCCAUGAAAUUAAGUGAAAAUUAAAAAAAAUCAGCUUUGCUGUUUUUGAAAGCAGAAGUUCUUCAUGUUUACUCCUUUUUCCACAGUUCUUGUAAUAAAAUGUCUUUAUGAUUCAUAAA